CCGAGCUUCUGGAACGACAACGAUAUCUAGAAUGUGCGAGAAGCAUGAGGGACGAGUUUGUUGGCUCCACGAAAAAGCUGAAGGAGUGGAUCGAGAAUGCGGAAAGUACCCUGAGUGCCAACGAUCCAAAAUCGGGUGUGGAUUACGAAAAGAUCUUGAACUGCAUCGACGAGCACAAAGAUUUCUUCAGCUCGGAUUCAGAAGCGAAAGAGUUGCUGUUGAAGAUUCAAAAGAUUGCUGACAAAAUCCUGCCCUCCAUGAGUUCUGCACAUCAAGAAGAACUCAGCAAACAAGUCGAAAAUCUGCGACAAAGCCUGGAAAAUAUAUUGAACUUGUCGAAAACAAAAAGGAUUCGAUUGGAGAAAGAAGUCGCUGCUUGGAGAGAUUACCUGAACAUUCUGCAAAGAGUUCAAGCGGUCAUCAACAAAGCAGAGCAAGACGGGAAAGAACCUAGUGCUGAGAUAAUAACUGUGCUGGCCUUGAAAGAAGCGAAGCAGUUGAUUGAUCGAUCAAAAACCGACUACCAG